UAUCCACGCAGGCGCAGUUUUCCACCCGUUGCACGUGAGCCUCGUGUCUUUGACGUCGGUAAACACUGUCAUGUGGUGCUUCUCCCUCCAGAGGAGGUGUCUACACUCCUCGUUGGGUUUAAUGAAGAAGUUAAAGAGUAAAACUCCAGCCGAGCAGCGCUGGCUGCAGCGGCAGCUCAAAGACCCGUAUGUCAAAGCUUCCCACGCGCAACACUUCCGGUGCAGAAGUGCCUUCAAGCUGCUCGAGAUAGACGACAAGUUCAGGCUCUUGCAGCCGGGGCGCAUUGUGGUGGACUGCGGAGCUGCACCCGGUGCCUGGAGCCAGGUGGCCGUCCGGAGGGUCAACUCAGACCGGACAGAUCCAGCGUUGCCACUCGGUACAGUUGUCGGUAUUGAUCUGCUGAACAUACCACCUCUAGACGGCGCCCACUUCCUGUCCAGCCACGACGUCACCGACCCCGCCACGCACGCCAAGCUGCUGGAGCUGCUCCCCGGCGGCCGGGCUGAUGUCAUCCUGAGCGACAUGGCGCCCAACGCCAGCGGCGUCCGGGAGAUGGACCACGAGAAACUCAUCGUGACGUGUUUGUCUUUGGCCGACUUGGCUGAGAGGGUCUUGCAGCCGGGGGGCUCCCUGGUUUGUAAAUACUGGGACGGGAUCCUCGCUCGCAAACUCCAGGAGAAACUCUCGAGUGUGUUCGGGCACGUUCAGACUUUAAAGCCAAACGCCAGCAGGAAGGAGUCCGCCGAGAGGUAUUUCCUCGCUCGAAUGUACAGAAAGUGAUCGUCGGGAUUAUUCUAAUAUUCAUCCGCAAUAUAUUCAAAAGAGAUGCUUCCUGGAGACUCCCAGACGUUUUGUGGACGAGUGAACAUGAGGGAGAGGCUUACUGGAUAACUUUGAUCAAAAGGUGGCACUGUUGAGGCGCCAGUGAGGCUGGCGGCUGCAGGCACAUUUCACACAUUGCUGGAUGCUGAUCUCCCAUCCCUGCGAAUGUACCACGGCGGCAGCAGAGAAUCCGUAAUAUGUAAACUUAUGCAAGAAUCAUCAGUGUGAUAUUCCUCAAGAGCCCCCCGUUUUCUCUGAAGCUAUUGUUUGCCCCCACAGUGUUUGUUCGACACAGUCAGUUUUGGUAUUUGCUUUGUUACAGAAAGUCAUUUACCAGUUCUGCUUAUGCUGAUAAUGUGUACUGCCAGCCACGGUGAAAUAUGUAAUCAUUCUCUCAUUGAGAGCUUACGGAGUGGACGAGCUAAUGCGGAGUCACAUGCAGCAUGACUAAUGGGAAGUGGGAUGAUACUGAAUCUUGGCACGCCGCAAGUGUUGUCAGGCUCUGCUCCCUGACAGCGCAGAGAUGUCCAUUUCCUGUGCGGAAAUAUUUUCAGCCCAGGAAUCGAGAUUUUCUCUCUUCGGAGUCUUCUUUAAAUGACCGCGUUGGACACUUUUAGAAAGUGCUAUUUAUUUUGUUUGUUUUCUUUUUUUGUUUCGCACACUGAUCUGAUUCUGCUGGUGCCCGAGUUCUGAUAAAAGGAUGUUUUCUAUCAAAGCUGCGUUACAAAAGACACCGUUUGUGAGGGAUUCACAGUGUGGCCUUCUAAAUACAACAUUGUCUACAAUG